AUGACGACCUCGGCCCUGCGCCGGCAGGUGAAGAACAUCGUGCACAACUACUCAGAGGCGGAGAUCAAGGUGCGGGAGGCCACCUCCAACGACCCCUGGGGGCCUCCCAGCUCCCUGAUGUCGGAGAUCGCGGACCUCACCUUCAACACGGUGGCCUUCGCCGAGGUCAUGGGCAUGAUCUGGCGGCGGCUGAACGACAGCGGCAAGAACUGGCGCCACGUGUACAAAGCCCUCACCCUGCUGGACUACCUCAUCAAAACCGGCUCCGAGAAGGUGACCCACCAGUGCCGGGAGAACCUCUACACCAUCCAGACGCUGAAGGACUUCCAGUACGUGGACCGCGACGGCAAGGACCAGGGCAUCAACAUCCGGGAGAAGGUGAAGCAGGUGAUGGCGCUGCUCAAGGACGAGGAGCGGCUGAAGCAGGAGCGGGCGCACGCGCUGCAGACCAAGGAGCGCAUGGCCCUUGAGGGCAUGGGCAGCGGCAGCCACCAGGCCGCCUACGGCCGCCGCACUUCGCCCUACGGCGACGACUACGGCCGGACGCGGGGCUCGCCCUCCUCCUUUAACUCAUCGUCCUCAUCCCCACGGUUCGCCUCUGACCUGGAGCAAGCGAGGCCACAGACGACGGGCGAGGAGGAGCUGCAGCUGCAGCUCGCCCUGGCCAUGAGUCGGGAGGAGGCUGAGAAGAAGCCACUUCCUCCACUUUCCAGUACAGACGAAGAAAGGCAAUUGCAGCUAGCGCUCGCGCUGAGCAAAGAGGAGCACGAGAAGGAGGUGAGGGCUUGGCAAGGGGAGAACUCCCUGCUGCAGAGAGCCUUGGAAGAGACUGCCCAGGGUGGGGAGGAAGAGGAGGAAGAGGAUAAGAUGAAGAAAAGCCAGUCCUCUAUCCUGGAGCUGGCAGAUAUAUUCGGGCCGGUGCCAGCCCCCUCCAGCCACACGUCUGUCGACCCAUGGGAUGUGCCAGAUGUGAAACCCAAAGCGGAGCCGGUAGCCUGGACCGGCACGACAGACCCCUGGGUGCCAGUGCCGGCCGGCAGCGGGGAGCCCCUGCCCCAGGCAAGCGCCUCGUCCCAGCAAACCCCCGCCGGGCCCUGGGAUUUCCACCCCGCCACCGCCGAUCCGUGGGGGAAGGCACCUGCCCCUUCUGGCUUCUCUCCUGGGGACCCCUGGGGGACAACGUCCCCUCCUGCCCAGGGCUCCGGUGCUGUGCCGGCGACUGACCCUUGGGCUGCUGUGGCUGAGCCACCUCCUAACCCCGCUGCAGGGGGGGACGCUUUCGACCUGUUUGCAAAACCUCCCGAGGCGGCUGAGCAGCCGGAGCCGGAGCAUUCACAGCCGCCCUCCUCGGCCAAGUCCAGCAGCCCCGCGGAGCUGGACCUCUUCGGAGACCUGUUCCCCAGCACCAAGCAGGACGGGGCGAAGAGCUUUGACCUCACCAACCUGGCAGACUCCCUGGCCGAGUCCUGCAAGGAGCGGAAGGACUGUAAAACCCCCGAGGCCUUCCUUGGCCCCGCCGCCUCCUCCCUGGUCAACCUGGACUCCCUGGUCGCGCCGCCGCAGGCAGCCAAGACGCGCAACCCUUUCCUCUCGGGUCUCAGCACGCCGUCCCCCACCAACCCCUUCAGCCUCGCCGAGCAGCCCAAGCCCACGCUCAACCAGAUGCGGACCAGCUCGCCCGUGCCCGGCCUGCCCGCGGGCCUCCCUGUCAACGCCAUGACCUACAGCGCCUCGCUGCCGCUGCCGCUCAGCAGCGUCCCCGCCGCCCUCCCCGCCUCCGCCAGUGCCUUCCCCCAGGCCGGCGCCGGGCCCUUCCCCGAGCUCCCCAGCACCCUGCCGCAGCCCUUACUGCCGCUGAGCGGACCCCCAGCCCCCCCGGCCUCACAGGGGGGCCUCAACCCCUUCCUCUGA